AUGGUUUCUUUCAACAGCCUCUUCGUGGCUGCCUGUGCAGCUACCAGCGCUUUCGCGGCCCCCAGUGAGUCCUUGGAGAAGCGACAGGCAAUCACCACCAGCCAGACUGGAACGAACAAUGGCUACUACUAUUCUUUCUGGACCGACGGUGGUGGCCAGGUCUCUUACACCAAUGGCGACUCCGGCUCGUACAGUGUGAGCUGGACCGACUGCGGAGAUUUCACCUCUGGCAAGGGCUGGGCUACUGGCAGCGCUCGUGACAUCAACUUCUCCGGCUCUUUCAACCCCUCCGGAAAUGCCUACCUCGCCGUCUACGGUUGGACUACCGGCCCCCUCGUCGAGUACUACAUCAUGGAGAACUUUGGCGAAUACGACCCCGGCCCCAGCAUGACCUCGAUGGGAACCGUGACCAGCGAUGGUUCCGUCUAUGACAUCUACACCCACCAGCAAGUCGACCAGCCUUCCAUCUCGGGUACCGCCACCUUCAUGCAGUACUGGUCCAUCCGCCGCGACAAGCGCAGCAGUGGAACUGUCACCACUGCCAACCACUUUGACGCUUGGGCUGGUCUUGGAAUGGACAUGGGCUCCCACGACUACCAGAUUGUCAGCACCGAGGGCUACCAGAGCAGCGGUUCCGCCAGCAUCACAGUUUCCUAA